GGCCUCAUGAAAUUGAAAGAAAGUGCGAAAAAGCGGAAAGGUCGAGGAUUCAUUGCUGAUAGCGUCAAUACAGGAAAAGAAGGAUUCGAAAGCAUUCCCACUGAUAAUGACACUGGUCCAGGACCCCAGAGAUCCAUUGAGGGAUGGAUUUUAUUCAUCCGUAAUGUUCACGAAGAGGCAACCGAAGAGGACAUACGAGAUAAAUUUUGCGAGUAUGGGGACAUAAAAAAUAUCCACCUUAAUCUUGAUCGUCGUACCGGUUACUUAAAGGGAUACGCGCUUGUGGAGUAUGAAAUGUUCAAAGAAGCACAGACUGCCAUGGAGCAACUGAAUGGAAGUGAACUGCAUGGCCAAAAAAUCCGUGUUGAUUGGGCAUUUACGAAAGGCCCGAGUGCAAAUAAACCACCAACUCGUCACCGAACUCGCGCCCAUAGCCGAAGUAGAAGUCGUUCCGGCGACGGAGCAAGACGUUGA